CACACGUCAAAAAGUCAAAAAAGUACAAGACCAAUGACAACUUAAAUUAAAAUUAUAAUAAUAUUGGAAUUAAAUUUAAAUAUUUGAUUAAAUUUUAUUUAAACAGCUAAUUUAGGAUGACUACUUCUAAUUAUGAUGGUUUAAGGAAACAAGCAAGACAACUUGAGAAUGAAAUUGAUAUGAAGUUAGUUGCUUUUAGCAAAGUUGGGGCUGGUAGUGUAAAUGCUUCAGAUCAAACAUCACCAUUACUUGGAGAGCAUGUAUUUGAUUCUUUAUCAGCAGAAAUAACAGAAAUGUUGGACAGGCUAUCAAGCGUUAACGAAAUGCUUGCUGAAUUGCCAUCAACGGGAACAGCUUCAAUGCAUACCCUACAGAGACAUAGAGAAAUAUUACAAGGAUACAGGCAAGAAUUUAAUAAGAUAUGUGCUAACCACACAACAAGAAUGGAACGAGAAGAGCUUUUAAGAGGUUCUGGGCUAUCAAAUACAGGAACUUUAUCGAAUCCUACUACGUCUGGAUUAAGCCGCAGAGAUAUGUAUUUAAAAGAAAGUGGUCAUAUAAUGAAUUCCCACAAUAUGAUAAAUGAUCAAAUUUCCAUUGCUCUAGAAACAAAAGAUCAUUUAUUAUCGCAACGCCACUCAUUUAAAAGAUUUCAAACACGUUUAAAUGAUAUUUCAAACCGUUUCCCUCUUAUAUCCAGUCUUUUGCAAAGAAUUAACAUUAAGAAACGGAGGGACUCGUUAAUACUAGGGGCUAUCAUUGGAGUGUGCACCGUAUUACUUUUGCUAUACGUAUUUUCUUAAAUCUUUUAAAGCGCAAUAUUUUUCUUUAAAAACCUGGUAAAAACAAAAAAUUUAAAAAUUAUGAAAAUAUUUAGGUUUAUUUAGGAUAAAUGCAUUCUAUAUUAUUUAACAUAUUUUAUAUUGUGAUAAAAAUUAAGGAAAUAAAGGUAUAUAAUUUUAAAAAAGUUA